UCCUGACGGUGCAGCAACCCGCAGCCUCAGCCAGGGAGUCCCAGCCGCUUUCAAUGGAGGAGAAGCCCGGCCAGCCACAGCCUCAGCACCAUCACAGCCACCACCAUCCGCACCAUCACCUCCAGCAGCAGCAGCAGCAGCAGCAGCCGCAUCACCACCACCAUUAUUAUUUCUACAACCACAGCCACAACCACCAUCACCACCACCAUCACCAGCAGCCUCACCAAUACCUGCAGCAUGGAGCCGAGGGCAGCCCCAAGGCCCAGCCGAAGGCGCUGAAACAUGAGCAGAAACACGCCCUCCAGCAGCACCAGGAAACGCCGAAGAAGAAAACAGGCUAUGGUGAACUAAAUGGUAAUGCUGGAGAAAGAGAAAUAUCUUUAAAGAGCCUGGGUUCUGAUGAAGCUACCAGCCCUAUUUCCAGGGUCCUCAAUGGCAACCAACAAGUAGUAGACACUAAUCUGAAGCAGACUGUAAAGGCCAGCACCUUUGGGAAAGCAGGAAUUAAAACCAGGAAUUUCAUGCAGAAAAACAGUAUGGACAAAAAGAAUGGGAAAUCUUAUGAAAAUAAAUCUGGAGAGAACCAGUCUGUAGACAAGACUGAUACAGUAGCAAUUCCAAAUGGUGCUGUAACAAAUAAUUCUGGUUAUAUUACUAAUGGUUAUAUGGGCAAAGGAGCAGAUAACGAUGGUAGUGGAUCUGAGAGCGGAUAUACCACUCCUAAAAAAAGGAAAGCUAGGCGCAAUAGUGCCAAGGGUUGUGAAAACCUUAAUUUAGUUCAGGACAAAAUAAUGCAACAAGAGACCAGUGUCCCAUCCUUAAAACAGGGACUUGAAACUUUCAAGCCUGACUACAGUGAACAAAAGGGAAAUCGAGUAGAUGGUUCGAAGCCCAUUUGGAAGUAUGAAACUGGGCCUGGAGGAACAAAUCGAGGAAAACCUGCUGUGGGUGAUACGCUGCGGAAAGGCUCUGAUAUUAAACCUGGUGUGAGCAGCAAAAAGUUUGAUGAUCGGCCCAAAGGAAAGCAUGCUUCUGCUGUUACCUCCAAAGAGGACUCGUGGACCCUAUUUAAACCACCCCCAGUUUUUCCAGUGGACAAUAGCAGCGCUAAAAUAGUUCCUAAAAUAAGUUAUGCAAGCAAAGUUAAGGAAAACCUCAACAAAACUGUACAGAAUUCUUCCGUGUCGCCAUCUUCAUCUUCAUCCUCUUCAUCAUCUACUGGGGAAACUCAGACCCAAUCUUCAAGUCGGUUAUCCCAGGUCCCUAUGUCAGCGCUGAAAUCUGUUACUUCGGCCAACUUUUCUAAUGGGCCUGUUUUAGCAGGGACUGAUGCAAGUGUGUAUUCUCCAGGGGGUCAGCCACUGCUAACUACGGCUGCUAAUACUCUAACACCCAUCUCUUCUGGGACUGAUUCAGUUCUCCAGGACAUGAGUCUGACUUCAGCAGCUGUUGAACAAAUUAAAUCUAGCCUUUUUAUCUAUCCUUCAAAUAUGCAAACUGUGCUGUUGAGCACAGCACAAGUGGAUCUGCCCUCUCAAACAGAUCAGCAAAACCUGGGGGAUAUCUUCCAGAAUCAGUGGGGUUUAUCAUUUAUAAAUGAGCCCAGUGCUGGCCCUGAGACUGUUAUUGGGAAGUCAUCAGAUCAUAAAGUGAUGGAGGUGACAUUUCAAGGGGAAUAUCCUGCCACUUUGGUUUCACAGGGUGCUGAAAUAAUCCCCUCAGGAACUGAGCAUCCUGUGUUUCCCAAGGCUUAUGAGCUGGAAAAACGGACUAGUCCUCAAGUUCUGGGUAGCAUUCUAAAAUCUGGGACUACUAGUGAGAGUGGAGCCUUAUCCUUGGAACCCAGUCAUAUAGGUGACCUGCAAAAAGCAGACACCAGUAGUCAAGGUGCUUUAGUGUUUCUCUCAAAGGACUACGAGAUAGAAAAUCAAAAUCCUCUGGCGUCUCCUACGAACACUUUGUUAGGCUCCGCCAAAGAACAGAGAUACCAGAGAGGCCUAGAAAGAAAUGAUAGCUGGGGUUCUUUUGACCUGAGGGCUGCUAUUGUAUAUCACACUAAAGAAAUGGAAUCUGUUUGGAAUUUGCAGAAGCAAGAUCCCAAAAGGAUAAUCACUUACAAUGAAGCCAUGGAUAGUCCAGAUCAAUGAAGGACCAGACUGCCUAUUUGUAACCUUUCUGCAGCAUUAGAGCCACCGUUCAUGGGGGACACAAGGCUUUUAUGCUCCUAGAUCUUCAACGCAGCAGAGGAACCAUAAGUAGAAUCACAGGAUAAUAUAUACAAAUAUAUAUAUAUAUAUAUAUAUAUAUAGUUAUUUAAAAAAAAAAGGCAACUGAAAGUAAUUAGACUUCUUAAGGAAUCAAAUUUAUUUCAAGAGACUACACAAGGUUAUUUAAUCUCCGGUACUGAAUAGUUUUUUGUUUUUUUUGGUUUUUUUCUUCUGUUAGUUUUUGUUUUUAAGUGUGAAUGCAAGUGAUUAAUGAAUACAGACUUAUUAACAAGCGUGGUUCUAAAGUUCCUGCUGUCAUCAACUUGGGCAACAAAUGACCCACUGGAAAGGCAAAUCCACUUAAAAGAUCUCUGUAUCUUGUUCUGUGACUAAAGUGAUACACUAAUCACGGGGAACCCAGAAUGAUUCACCAUUUUACCUCACUCCUCCCUUGAUCUUUUGGUUAUACUUUGAGCCCUGCGAGAAUGCUGGAUAAAAAUGCCUUGAAGUUUG